CCACAUUAAAGGUCAUAAAGACUCGUUAUAGUACAGUUAUAUCUCAUGUAUAACCGCUACGGAGACGUGAAAACCAGCGGAGCAUUUCACAGAAGACUCGCCGAAAACAGGCUGCUCUGUGCGGGCUGAGAUGAGCUGACCGCCCGGUGCUGGAGGGUCUGACGGUCCGUGAACUACACCUCACAUCUCCAUCCACGGAGCACAUUGUUACGAAGGCUGAACGAUGACAAACCGCAGAAAUGUUGCUUUAGCAACUAACUUCUCGUCUGAAAAAGUCCUAAAAUUCCGUUACUUAAAUAUCGUAGAAUUUAUAAACUUUGACAUGCUGUUGUGUUUAUUUCCCUCUGUCGUGUUGCCUGUUGCUGAGGUGAAAUGCAUUCUGGGAUAUUUGGCUCUCAGAAGAACAGACGAGCCUGCUCCGAUGCAUUCUGGGUAAAAUGGGCGGCGCGAGUCACAUCCGGGUAUUAUGACCAUUCUCGGCCAGAUGCGGACUUUAGAAUUGGAACAGAACUCGGGCCGCGACUGAUGACGUUUCACGAGAACUAAAACACAAGGACGCAUAUUGAUAAAGAGCCAGAUUCUCUGCAGAGAAAAGUUUAAAAAUGGCUCGAAACGAAGAGAAACAACAAGGAAAACUGAACCGACUGUGGCUGCAGAGGGAGAGAGAAGAGGGACGCCUGAAGGAUGUCCAUGAGCGGAGACCCAAGCUGUCGACUCUCAACUCGGCCUCCUGUGUGAAGAAGUGGAUCCCCAGCAUCAAGAGGGAGAUGGAGUACUACCUGCAGCUGCAGUUGCCCCAUUACCCCGAGAGGAAGAUAGCCGAGUUCCAGCUGCACAUCGACACGUUGGAGAGAGAGCACAGGAGCUUCAUGGCUAAACUACGAGCUGUGGACCCCGGCUGCAGACACCAGGCGUGGACCCCUCGAGCGUACUGCAGGAGGAGGGACGCCGGCGAGCCAGCGGCUGCCCUCCCCCGCCCCCCCCCGGCCCAAACGGCUUCACAUGACGGUGCCGGAUGUGGGACAGGAAGUCUCAAGCCUUUGGCCCCAGAGUCCUGGGAGGCGGUCUUUGUGGACCAGGACCAGCCGCUCCUCUUGGACCGCACCAAGCUGGCCCUCCGAGCGCCGCCUCUCCGGCGCGGCGCCGCUGGGACGCAGAGCCUGGCCUCGGUGCUUCGCCGCCGCCUCCCAAACCUCUGCAACGCUCCGGGAGGGCAGACGCCCCCCCCCCAGGGCAGAGACGCAGACGGGGGAGCAGCAGAAAGGAACCCUGGGAAGCCGCCCGUCACCGGGUCCACUCACGUCCUGGGACUGGACUGUUACUCCUCUUCUGAUGAAGAGCAGGACUGCUGAUGAUGAUGAUGAGGAUGUCACAUGGACAAGUUAUGUUUUGUGGGGUGAUAUGUUCUCAUUUAACCCUGGGUUACUGAACAGCUGAGCCCUCAGAAGAAGGGGGGGCUGACAGAGACUUGCUGAUUCAGUCCUUCAUCUUCUCCUUUUGAAGUGGAACUUAACCUGGUUAGACGGCUCCACCCACACAGCCGCUGCUGGGCGGGUUUCCCUUGGUUCUGCAGAGGAAGUGAACCGUCUCUGCUGAAGCAGCUGGGUGGACCUGGGGAGGAAGGGGAGGGGCGUCGCUGCAGAGACGUCUGCUGAUUAAUUCAGGUUCCACCGUUGAGGUCAAACACGAGGAGCCGAGCAGAAACCGACCACAGAGGAGCAGCUUACUGCUCAGUACCCGACACAUCUGUAGAGUGGCAGAACAACCACAAUACCACCCCCCCCCCCCCCCAGCGUGUGAUCACACUCGGCCUUCCUGGAAGCUCAGCUGUGAGCGGUUGCCUGCGGUCCCCACCCCCCCCAAGUGCUGGCAGCUCUUCAUCUGACGUCCUUCCCUUCACUGAGGCAGCAUCUUCCCACGAGGACGUGAAACCGCUGCCUCCGUGAUGAUGAUGAUGAUGAUGAUGAUGAUGAUGAUGAGAAGAACAACCGUUCAAUGCAAAGUCCCCAGCUUCAGCAAACCAGGGCUUGGUGGGGGGGGGUCUUCACUGUUCAGUAUUUCCUUUCUUGGAAUUAUUUUGUGACGAUGACCUGUUUGUGG